GAAUUUGAUAUCCUCGAGGAGGUAUAUAAGAUUGCGAAAGAGGAGCCCGAUGUGUUGGGCCACGUUCCAGAGAUGAUCUGGUUCUACAAGUUUGACGGAACAUCCACGGCGAUAAUUAGAAGGGCACUAGGAUUUGAUAAUGCCGAACUGGGUCACCGCGUCCUACAUAUUAUCGUAUUCAAAAAGCUUACCCCAAUUACGACACUGGAGAAAAAGGAGUUCCUCGUCGCAUGGUGGGACGUUGUCAAGUGUCAUCGCGCCCUCUGGAGGAGAGGCGUGCAUCACCGUGACGUCAGCCCCAACAAUCUCAUGGGGUACCGCUUAGGUGAUAAUUUUAUCAGCGUCCUCAACGAUUUCGACUUGGCAUCGAUUAUACAAUUGUUGUCAUCAAUUAAACAACGCACCAAAGGCUUCGAGCGCACAGGGACGGUCCCGUUCAUGUCCUUAGACCUUCUCACAGAAGAAGCUAUCGCAGGCGAAGUCGAGCACGUGUACCGGCAUGAUGCUGAAUCGUUCAUCUGGGUCCUCACCUGGAUCUGUCUUCGGUAUGAAGAGGGCAAGCUCCUCCGCAAGGGCAGACCACUGGAUGAAUGGUUGACCGUGGAUGCCAUAGGUUGUCAUAAGGAAAAA